AUGUCGUCUAUUGGUACUGGAUAUGAUCUUUCAAACGCCAUUUUCUCCCCAGAUGGUCGUAAUUUCCAAGUGGAAUACGCUUCUAAAGCAGUAGAAAAUGCUGGUACCUCAAUUGGUAUUAAAUGUAGAGACGGUGUGGUUCUUGCCGUUGAAAAAAUCCAAACAUCUAAAUUAUUGGUAGCUGGUAGAAACAAACGAAUUCAAUCCAUAGACAGACAUAUCGGAGUGGCUUACUCUGGAAUUAUCCCAGAUGGCCGCCAUUUUGUUAACAGGGGACGAGACGAAGCCCAAUCUUUCAAAUCUUUGUAUAAAGAUCCCAUCAAAGUUCCUAACUUGAUAGACAGGGUUGGUCUCUACGUCCAAAACUACACAUGCGCUAACUCCGUUCGUCCAUUUGGAAUCAAUGCAAUCGUUGGAGGCGUUGAUGAUGAUGGCGCUCACCUUUACAUGAUUGAGCCAAGUGGAGUUUAUUGGGGCUAUUGUGGUACCGCUAUUGGCAAGGGAAGGCAGACGGCUAAAGCUGAGUUAGAGAAACUGGACCUGCCUAAUAUUUCAGUUAAAGAUGGUGUUAAGGAAGCUGCUAGAAUCAUAUAUUUGGCUCAUGAGGAUAACAAAGAUAAAGAAUUCGAAUUAGAGAUUUCCUGGGUCAGCCAAAGUGAAACUGGUGGGCGACAUGAAUUCAUUCCACAGGAACUGUUUGACGCAGCCGUGCAGUAUGCUCAAGAAGAAGACGAUGAUGAAGAAGAAGAGGAUGAAGAUGUUGAAGUUCAAUAG